GCAGCGCCUAUCAAAACGUGAUAUUUUUACAAUCUAUCAAGUUUUGCUGAUUAAGUCAUCUAAAAAGUCUUUAAAAUGAAACGGACCCAUCGUCUAGAGAAAAAUGGAGUCAUUCAGGAUUCAUCUGAUGUUGAUGAAACCGUUGAUGUUGCCAUGGAUGAUGCUGUCACAAAUGGUGACCACAUACACCAGGUUCAGCCCAUUGCUAAGAAGGUGAAAUUGAACAAAGGAGAGCUUUAUAAACCACCUACUAAUGAGGAGAUCACUCAGCUUAAAGAGACAGAGUCACUUUUCCAGUCUGGGCUGUUUAGAAUGCAGAUCAAUGAAUUGCUUGGGGAGGUGAGACUAAAGAAGACCAAGAAGAGUCAGCUUGAUUCAUUCCUACACACUCUCAAGGAAUCCAUUAUGGCAGUGAAAAAUAUGAAGACAAGUUUUGAGCUGAAAAAUCAGGAUUGGCUGAAGAAGCUCAAGAUCAAGGUUCCCAUAAAACAAGAACCAUUGGAUGUGAAGGGAAAAUUCCAGUUUCAAAAGCCUAAGUCUGUUAAGGUUAUAGGAAGCUAUCUUCUGGGAACAUGUACCAAGCCUGAUUACCAUGUAGACCUGGCACUUGAGAUACCUAAGGAAUGUAUUCAGGCAAAGGAUCAUCUGAACCAUCGCUACCUAAGAAAGAGGGCGCUGUACCUCACAUGUAUUGCUGCUCAUUUAAGGAAAGACAAAUCAAUUGAAAAAUUAGAGUUUUCAUACCACCAUGGUAACCCCAUGAAACCCAUCGUCAUAGUAACACCUACAGGUAGUGUAGGGAAAACAUGCACAGUGCAUCUUCACACAACCAUUGAGGAGGAUUGCUUUAAGUUGAACAGAUUCCAUAUUAACAAGAAUAAUGUACGCUCUGGAUGGUUAUUUGGAGAAACUGAAGAAAAAGAGGAAAAUGAUGAAUCCCCUACCCCUCAGUAUAACACUGCAAUACUGGCAGACAUGUUACUUGAGAAAAAUCUGCAGUUCCUACACAGUACAAUAGGUGGCUCUCAAAAUAUCCAAGAUGGCGUCACUCUGCUUAAGAUAUGGCUCGGUCAACGUGAACUUAACAAGGGCCAGGGAUCAUUCAGUGGUUUUAUCUUGAGUAUGUAUGUGGCUCAUCUUGUCUCCUUGCAUAAAGUCAGCCCACUUAUGAGCUCUUAUCAGAUUGUAAGAACUACCCUCCUAAACUUAAGUACUUUUGACUGGCUAAAAGAUGGCAUAAUGAUGCAUGGCACAAGUGAAGACCCCUUGAAACCAACAAGAGAAGAGUUCAAGGCAGUAUCUGGUGUUGUAUUUGUGGACCCCUCGGGCUAUUUAAAUAUAUGUGCUGAUAUGACACCCGACACACUAAAAAGAGUUCAGCAUGAGGCCAAGCUAUCUCUACAACACAUGGAGGAAACAACAAUUGAUGCAUUUGAGAUACUCUUCAUGCAGAGGGUCCCCUUCACGAGGACAUUUGACACUCUCAUACACAUUAAAACGUCUUGUGCAAUUGAGCAUGCAGUGAAACAACACAGGAACUCUGAUGUGCGGAGUGCUUCAGCAGUGGUGCCAUCUAUUCUACAAGUAGUAACCAGAGCCCUUGGGAAUAGAGCCAGUCUAGUCUGUCACAAGUUACAGCCAUGUGAAAAGUGGGAUAUUAAAGAUGGAGACCACCCAGAUGAAAACCAGCUGUGUCUUGGUGUUCUACUUAAUGAGGAGCAUAGUAACAGUUUACUUGAGAAAGGUCCCCCUGCUGAUAGUCCUGAGGCAAAAGGUUUUCGUAAUUUCUGGGGGGAGAAAUCUGAGUUGCGUCGGUUUAAAGAUGGCAGCAUAUGUGAAGCUGUUGUCUGGAAUGCAGAAACGAUAGCUGCCAAGCGUCAUGUGACCAGCAAAAUUAUUAAACAUGUUUUGACGAGGCAUUUUAACAUAACAGAGAGCUGCAUAAAAUACAUGGGAAACCAUUUAGAUUCACUCCUAUGCAUUCCACAUAGAAGUAACAAAAACAAACCUAGGCCAGACCCCUCAUAUGGUACAGGAGAAGAACAUAGCUUUAUGGUGAUGAAGACAUAUGAAACAUUGAGUAAGAUCAUCAGGAAUCUAGAUGACCUUCCCCUGACUGUUAAUACCAUACAAGGUUCUGAUGCUGUGUUUAGGCAUACACAGGUGUUCCCCCAGGAGGCAGCCUCAUACAAACCUUCUGGAAUAUUUGAAGGGAAGAGGAGACUACCAUCAGCUGGGAGGAAUGUACCUCCUGUGUUGGCACCAUUGAAAGUUAUAUGCAUCAUGGAAGGAAGUGGGAAAAUGCCAGAGGAUAAAGAUGCCAUGCAACGAAUCAAGGCAGCAUUCCACAUUAAACUCGCAGAGCUAUUACAUAAGCAACAUAACCUAGAAACUGUUGUACAUACUGAUCAUGUAGAUAUAUUUAAGGAUGGCUUUCUGUUUGCUGUCUAUUUGAGUUUCCUGAGAGAGAUUGCAGUAUUAAAGCUGGAGACCGCUCCUAAUGGAAUGGUGAAGAUGAAAGAUAACUCUGCCUCCGUAGCUUUAGAAAAAGACAUUGUACACACACCUAAGCUAACCUCUACACUGAAUGGCCUUGGUACAGAGCACCAGACAUACUGUGCUGUUGCUAGGCUUGCAAAACGUUGGAUAAGUGCCCAAUACUUAGGAGACUAUAUUCAGGAUGAAGUAGUUGAUAUGAUAGUGGCUUAUCUGUACAUUUCUCCAGCACCCCAUACAGCACCUGUGUCUGUGUUGGGUGGCUUCUCUAGGUUCCUCUACCUGGUCUCUACCUAUGACUGGAACCUCAAUCCCCUCAUCAUCAACUUCAACAAUGUAUUAACAAAGGAGGAAAUAACCAGUAUUCAAGUGCAAUUCAGCAAAGAUAGGACAUCUUUCCCCCUCAUGUGUCUCCCUACAUCUUUUGACCAAUCAGGAGGGGUUUGGAGCAGAAGGAGCCCGAAUCCCAUGAUGCUCAACAGAUUGGUCGUCCUGGCAAAGGAGUCUCUUCUUGUAUUAGAGAAUCAUCUUACACAUUGUACCAAAGGAGUAGAUCUGAAGCAAAUUUUCCGAGCACCCCUAGAUCACUAUGACGUCAUAAUAAAGCUAAUUCCGAAGUACGUUCCAACAGCAUUCCAGUCAGUGGAUGUACCCGACGAGACUAUCAUACCCAAAUUUGGUGAAUACUCAAAUGAUCACGUUCUCCCAGUUAUUGAUUUCAACCCGGUACAGCUGUUCCUGAAGGAACUUAGAGAAAGCUUUGAUGACAUUGCGCUAUUCUUUUAUGACAAAUAUGGUGGAGAUGUCAUCGCAGUGCUUUGGAAACCACCCUCCUUACAGCCUUCAAAAUUUCAGGUCUCUCACAUAGAUGCGCGGAGGGUGGAUGUAGAGUCCAACAAACAGGACGUUCAAAUGGUGACUAACAUUGAGGCCAUAAUACAAGACUUCUACACCAUUGGUCAAGGACUUGUUAAAAGUGUUACAAAAACUCAGAAGUAGCUAUACUGAAACAUAUCAGUGUUUUAUGUAAAAUAAAUAGAAAAGCAAAUAUAUAGUGUAUAUGAAACUAUGUACUCCAUUACAGUAAAUAUAUACACCAUCAUAUAUAUUUUCUCCG